UCCAACCCCCGAACUCGCCACCAGCGACAGGGUUUCGAAAUGGCGAAGGAGCUGAAGGAGGCGCUCCUAAAACCCCUGUGAGUCCUCCUCUUCGAUAAAGCCCUCGAGUUCCCAGGAAGCUUCUUCGAUCCGCGCUUUCUCUUUGUUUUCCUAAUCUGAUUCAGUGUUCGGCCAUACCCACAAAUUCGAGGGGAGAUGAUGCUGGCGAACUGGCCGAUUGGUGUCCUCAAUUCGGUCACUUAUUGGGUUCUUCCGGAAAAUUCCCACUCGAAUCUUUCUUCCUCCCAUGGGCGGCUUCCGGUUCCUCAGAAGCCCCUGUUCGGUAGAGCUUUGAGUCUUCGGCUGGCAAAGAACUGGAAUUUUGAUGCGGGAAGCACCAAAUGCCGACUUUGUUGUGCUCUGGCAAGCGAAGAGGACGGGAGCAGUUCAGUCGCCAGUCGAUUUAUCGAGAAGGAACUCAAGUUUAGCCCCGCUUUCAGCGAUUAUGUGAAGGUCUUGGAGUCUGUGCGGGUGGAUAGGAGUAAGGAUUCAGGCGGAGAUGAAGAUAGGUAUGGCUCGAAGCAGACAUCAAUUGCUAAGGGGAAAUCGUUCAGGAUGAAGAGGCAAUUGCAUGGUAGCAAAGAUGACGAUUGCGAGGAGGGGGCAAAUGUGGAGGAAAACGGCUUGGGGCGUGAAAUGUUUGAUUAUCGAAGAAGGAAUAAGGAUUUGAAGGGUGGAGCAGGAUUGACAAGGAACAAAAGUGAUGGUGGAUGGGCUUUGAUUGAAGGGCUGUUGGAGAAAGGAUCUGCAAGAAGAAAUGGUGAUAUGGGUAAAGGUAAACCAGAAAAGAACAAGUACGGAUCUGCAAGAAGAAAUGGUGAUAUGGGUAAAGGUAAACCAGAAAAGAACAAGUACCAUAGUAAUUCAAAAACUCUGAGAAAAUUUGACUCGCAAAGCAAUGUUAAUGAUGUUGGAGAAAAUCUGGAUAAUGGCCAUCUUGAGAAUGGAAAGGUGAGAUACUCUGGAAGACUAAAGGAUAUGCAGCAGAAGGAACGGAAGGCAGCAUGGGUUGAUAAACUUGAAACUUUCAAGGGAAAUAAUGUCAAAAUGGAGAGAAGCAAUUCUCGUUCUUUGGGGAGAAAAUUUUGUCAUGGACGUGCUAUGAUUGCACAUGGAAACCACACAAAAUCAAACAGUAGACAGUUGGAUGACAACAAUUUCAGUGGAGACAUUGCUGGCGAUCAAAUUGGUCAUAUUAAUGACAAUCAUUCUUACAAUAGCAAAGAGAAAAAGAAGAUGCACGAGUACGAAACUAUUAAUUGUAGAGAAAGGGUAUAUUCUAUUGGGAAUAGUGUCCAAAGAAAGUCAGGGGAGCCUGCAUUUACAAAAGAUGCACUAAAAGCUAACAGGUCUUAUGAGAAUAAUACGAGCAAGAAGAGUUUUGGUUAUGACCUUGAUAAAAAUAAUAUUGAAGACGAAAGCCAUUUGAAGAUGGAACAUGGAGAGAGACAGACCAGCUCGAGAAGAAGCAGAAUAGAGUUUGAGUUCAAGGAUGAUUUUGACGGGCAGAAUAUACGUGUAAACAAAUUGGUAGGAAAACAGACGAAUCACGUAGACCACUCUGUGAAGCAGAAUCAUUUUGCUUCUUUCAAGAUAUCCAGUGAACAAGAUAGAAAUAAAUGGCAUGUUGGCAUGCAUAAUAGUAAUUAUGGAGCUUCUAAGAUACAUGGUAAAGUUAAUAUGGAUUCUAAUAAUAUAACUGGAGAUGUUGACGGCUAUGAUUUUGAGGACAGAGCUGCAUUCAAAACUUUUGAGGUAUUCACUGAUGUCAGAAACAGGCCGCGGGUUUUGCGGAUGGAAAUGGAAGAGAGAAUAGAGAAGCUAGCAAAGCAGUUGAAUGCAACUGAUAUAAAUAUGCCUCAGUGGAAAUUUUCUAAAAUCAUACACAGUGCCAAGAUCAAAUUCACAGAUCACUCCAUUUUGAGGAUCGUUCAGAUAUUGGGUGCACUGGGGAACUGGAAAAGAGUAUUACAAGUUGUUGAAUGGCUUCAGUCCCAUGCGAGAUUUGAGUCCUACAAGAGCAGAUAUAUCUAUACAACUGUCCUUGAUGUACUUGGGAAGGCAAAGAGACCUAUUGAGGCGCUCAACAUAUUCUAUACCAUGCGUCAAGGGUUAUCUUCAUACCCAGAUCUUGCAGCUUACCGUUGUAUUGCUGUCACACUUGGUCAAGCAGGCCUUAUGAAGGAACUAUUUGAUGUGAUUGAUUGCAUGCGAGCUGUUCCCGAGAAGAAGUUCAACUUGGGCCCUCUUCAGAAAUGGGAUCCACGGAUAGAACCAGACCUAAUUAUCUUCAAUGCGGUUUUGAAUGCUUGUGUUCAGAAGAAGCAAUGGGAAGGAGCAUUCUGGGUUUUACAACAGUUGAAACAACAGGGUGUAAAGCCUUCAAAUACUACAUAUGGCCUUGUCAUGGAGGUAAUGCUGGCAUGUGGCAAGUACAACCUAGUAUAUGAGUUUUUUAGGAAAGUUGAAAAGAAAUCUAUUCCUGGAGCUUUGAAUUACAGAGUUCUUGUACAAGCUCUAUGGAGAGAAGGUAAAAUAGAUGAGGCUAUACUAGCAGUCAAAGAUAUGGAAAGACGUGGAAUUGUAGGCACAGCAAGUCUCUAUUAUGACCUAGCCCGCUGUCUCUGCAGCACAGGGAGGUGCCAAGAAGCCCUGCUCCAGAUAGACAAAAUAUGCAAGGUCGCAAAGAAGCCUUUGGUUGUAACGUAUACUGGACUUAUUAAGGCCUGUCUAGACUCUGGAAGCAUUGAGAACGGAGCAUUUGUCUUUAACCAAAUGCAUAAAUUUUGUUCACCAAAUAUUGUGACUUAUAACAUAAUGCUUAAGUCAUAUUUAAAUCAUGGAAUGUUUGAGGAAGCAAAGGAUCUAUUUCAGAAAAUAUUGGAUGGCAGCCAUCAAAUUGCUAAUAGAGGUGAUCUGAGUCAGAAGGUUGUUCCUGAUAAAUUUACAUUCAAUACCAUGAUUGAGGCUUGUGCUCAAACACAGAAGUGGGAUGAUUUUGAGAGUGCUUAUGGACAAAUGUUAAAUCACGGGUAUCACUUUGACACAAGAAGACAUUUGCGUAUGGUGCUUGAUGCUUUCAGGGCUGGAAAGGUACAGGUACUGGAGUCAACAUGGAAGCACUUGGUUCGUUUUGGUAGGGUGCCACCUCCUCCUAUUAUCAAGGAAAGGUUUUGCAUAAAACUAAUGGAAGAUGACCCUGUAGCUGCUAUCGCCUGCAUAGACAUCCAUCAGGAGAUUGACAUUCUUGCGUUUUCCGAGAGGUCAUGGUUAAAAUUACUUAAUGGCAAUGCGCAUCGCUUUAAGAGUGGCAUUAUGUUAAGAUUGGCCAUUGAAUUGGAUGCCUUCAUAGCUCAAACUUCAGAGUCGCUCCCAGUGUAUGAAAAUCUGAGAAAAGCUUGCGAACAGUUUGUUGCCCAUGCAAAUAUUAUUCCAAGCUUGCCUGAUCAUCUGGAAGAGUCACAUAACUCGUAAUCAAAGCUUUCAAGGAAGAUACGUAGCUAUCGUCUUCUCUUUUCUUAGUGAAUGUGAUUCUUUGUGUUAGAUCAGAUCAUCGAUGAUCAACAAGUGGAAAUCGAGGAAAGAGCAGUGCUGUCAUUAUUUAUUUGCUCGACAAAUGUAAGUAAUCUUGAUAGCAGUGUGAUUUUGAUUAUCAACCAACAGAACGGAAGAUGUUUAGGUGAGUCUGUUCAUUAAUCAUGAGUACAGUUUAUUGUUAGCUCAACAACGUCUGCAGUCAGUAUUUAACAAUCGGCGCAGGAGUUCUGAAGAUAAUAUCCUUUUAGAACGAGUUUCCGCUGCUUAAUCAGGGUAUAUUCACCAAAGUAGCAAAGCAGUCUGGUGUGCAACUUGGGUAGUAAAUGUGAAUUUGCACAGCAGGACUGAUCCAAUAAGUGUUGUGAUUUUGAUGUAAUGCUAAUCUCAAGUUAUAAGUUUCUCUUC